UAUGAGUGUUCGUUUUAAAUUUAACUAUACCACUAAACAUUCUCGGCAAGUGCGCUGUCAAAAGAAUCAAAACACAACACAUCGGUUCCUAAAAUUGAAACCGCGAAAAUAAAUUUGUUCAAGGUUAUCCAGUUCUGGACAUGUCCAAAGGUUUUUCCAACGGUAGGCAACCAUAGUAUUUCAAAAGAGGUGAUCUGUUUAUCGUAACAAUGGGAACUGACAAGAAGCAUUGGACCACGGACAGUAGAAAUCACAAAAAAGUCCAAAAAAAUUUGGAGGACAAGUGGAAGUUAGUUCCGGCCUUUCUUCAAGUCAAGGGCCUUGUGAAGCAGCACAUUGAUUCGUUCAACUAUUUCAUCAAUGUGGAUAUCAAGAACAUCGUUCGUGCCAAUGACGAAGUCAAGAGUGAUGCAGACCCGUGCUUCUAUCUCAAGUACAUUAACGUUAGCAUCGGGAUGCCGGAUGUUGAGGAAGGCUUCAAUAACACGAAAACUACAACUCCUCAUGAAUGUCGCCUACGGGAUAUGACUUAUGCAGCACCAAUCACGGUGGACAUUGAGUACACCAGGGGCACGCAGCGGGUCGUUCGAAACAAUUUGCUAAUUGGUCGGAUGCCUAUCAUGUUAAGAUCGUCGAAUUGUGUUCUUACCGGCAAAUCGGAGUACGAGUUGUCGAAAGUCAACGAAUGCCCAAUGGAUCCAGGCGGUUACUUCGUGAUUCGAGGUACCGAGAAAGUUAUCCUUAUUCAGGAACAAAUCUCGUGGAACAAAAUGAUAACCGAGGAUUACAACAAUGUGAUUCAGUGUCAGGUUACUAGUUCUACGCACGAGAAAAAGUCCCGAACGAUUCUGCUUUCGAAGCACGGCAAGUACUAUCUUAAACACAAUUCAAUGACUGAGGAGAUUCCGGUUGCUAUCAUCUUCAAAGCGAUGGGAAUUUCCUCCGAUCAGGAAAUAAUGCAGCUGGUCGGAAUUGAUACGGAAACGCAGAAAAGGUUUGCUCCGUCGCUGCUGGAAACGGCUAACCACAAGGUUUACACCCAACAGCGAGCGCUGGAGUAUAUGGGUUCGAAGCUGAUCGCGAAACGAUUUACCACAGCAGCAACAAAAUAUAAGACAACGGCGGACGAGGCGAGGGACUUAUUGGCGACGACAAUAUUGGCACACGUUCCGGUACCGAACUUUAAUUUUCAGGUAAAAGCGAUUUACGUUGCGCUGAUGAUUCGCCGUGUGAUGGCAGCCGAACUGGACAAAUCCGCAGUUGACGAUCGCGAUUACUACGGCAACAAACGACUCGAAUUGGCUGGAUCGUUACUUUCGCUGAUGUUUGAAGAUUUGUUCAAGCGUUUCAACUGGGAGCUGAAGAUGAUCGCGGAUAAGAACAUUCCGAAAAUUAAAGCUGCGCAGUUCGAUAUUGUAAAGCACAUGCGGGCGGCCCUGAUUUCGACUGGACUGGAAACUGCUAUUUCGACGGGAAAUUGGACCAUCAAGCGGUUCAAGAUGGAACGUGCUGGAGUAACCCAGGUGCUUUCCCGUUUAAGUUACAUAUCGGCGCUGGGUAUGAUGACCCGUGUAAAUUCACAAUUUGAAAAGACGAGAAAGGUGUCCGGUCCUCGUUCGCUGCAGCCCAGUCAGUGGGGAAUGCUUUGUCCCUCGGAUACGCCCGAAGGUGAGGCGUGUGGUUUGGUAAAGAACUUGGCACUCAUGACACAUAUUACGACGGAGGUGGAUGAGGAACCGGUGAUUCGUUUGGCGUACAAUUCCGGUGUCGAGGACAUUCGUUUGUUGGGAGGUGAGACGAUAAAUAAUCCAAAGGUUUUUAUGGUGUUUAUCAACGGUAACAUUCUGGGAGUGACCAUCGGCUACAAACGACUGGUGGAAGUGUUUCGAAUGAUGAGAAGGAAGGGGUUGAUCGGAUCGUUUGUGUCUAUUCAUACAUCUUUCGUGCAACGCUGCGUUUAUAUACACACUGAUGGGGGUCGUCUUUGUAGACCGUACAUUAUCGUUCAAAACGGACGACCAUUAGUUCAGCAAGAGCACAUUGAGCAAAUGAAGGUUGGUUUAAGAAAGUUCGAUGACUUUCUACAUGAUGGAUUAAUUGAAUAUCUCGAUGUAAAUGAAGAGAACGACUCGUUCAUCGCUUAUCAAGAAUCGGACAUUGAUCUGGAUAAAACGACUCACUUGGAAAUUGAACCAUUUACACUGCUAGGUGUUUGUGCUGGUUUGGUCCCUUAUCCCCAUCAUAACCAGAGCCCUCGUAAUACGUACCAGUGUGCUAUGGGUAAACAGGCCAUGGGAAUUAUCGGCUACAAUCAGAAGAAUCGUAUCGAUACUCUGAUGUACAAUAUUGUCUAUCCACAAACGCCGAUGGUUCGUUCCAGGACGAUCGAGUUAACCAAUUUCGACAAGCUUCCGGCAGGACAAAAUGCAACCGUUGCUGUGAUGAGCUACUCCGGCUACGACAUCGAAGAUGCUCUGAUCCUUAACAAAGCAUCAAUCGAUCGCGGUUAUGGUCGUUGUUUGGUGUACAAAAACAGCAAGUGCACCAUCAAACGCUACAGCAAUCAAACGUUCGAUCGAAUUAUGGGUCCUAUGAAAGAUUCGCUCACCAACAAAAUCAUUUUUAAACACGAAUGUCUGGACACCGAUGGAAUCAUUUCCCCUGGAGAGAAGGCUGUCUCCAAGCAAACUAUGAUCAAUAAGGAGAUGCCCGCGGUAAAGUCCAUCAAUCCGAUCGAGCAGAAAGAAGCUGGCCAGCAACCGAUCGCAUACAGUCCUGUUCCAAUCACCUAUAAAGGAACCGAACCAAGCUACAUCGAAAAGGUAAUGGUCUCGACAAAUAAUGAGGAAGAAUUCCUUGUAAAAAUACUGCUUCGACAAACUCGUCGUCCGGAAAUCGGCGACAAAUUUAGUUCUCGGCAUGGACAGAAAGGUGUUACUGGACUUAUUGUCGAUCAGGAGGACCUGCCGUUUAACGAUUACGGUAUGUCCCCAGAUAUGGUGAUGAACCCACAUGGUUUCCCAUCACGUAUGACAGUCGGUAAAACAUUGGAACUUCUUGGCAGCAAAGCUGGUGUUUUGGAGGGGAAAUUCCAUUACGGUACUGCCUUUGGUGGUUCAAAAUGCCAGGACCUACAAGACGAACUGUUCAAAAAUGGUUUCAAUCAUCUCGGGAAAGAUGUCUUCUAUUCCGGAAUUACUGGAGAACCACUGGAAGUCUACAUUUAUUCCGGUCCCGUGUACUAUCAAAAACUAAAACAUAUGGUUCAGGAUAAGAUGCAUGCUCGCGCACGGGGUCCCCGUGCGGUUCUAACACGCCAACCGACCCAGGGUCGUAGUCGUGAAGGAGGUCUUCGUCUCGGUGAGAUGGAACGCGAUUGUUUGAUAUCGUACGGUGCCUCGAUGCUAAUUAUGGAACGACUGAUGAUAUCUUCCGAUGCGUUUGACGUGGACGUUUGCAACGUUUGUGGAAGACUGGCAUAUUCCUCGUGGUGCCACAAUUGCCGUUCGUCUGCCAGUGUAUCUAAAAUCUCCAUGCCCUAUGCUUGCAAGCUGCUGUUCCAAGAACUCACAAGCAUGAAUAUUGUUCCUCGACUGAAGUUACAUAACUAUUGAACUAUUGGUUUUCUUUCAAUCUGCUAA